AUGAACUUCUCCAAUAAAGGAUCGCAAUUCAGAAAGGUAAAAAAUAAGGACCCAAAAAAAAAAAAAAAAAAGUCAAAACGUUCCAAAGGCAAACAUGAUGGAAGAGGAGGCUUUUCCAAAAAUGUAGACCCGCAAGAGUAUUUGAAACCAGUGCAAUUCGUUAGUGGCGGUUUCCUGAACAAUAGAAAGGAUAUACCAUCAGAAAAACAGGACACAAAUAAAUUGAACUCCACCUUCAGUGACGAUGAUUCAGAUGACUACGACAAGUACGAUGUCUUUAAACAUUUCACCUUUGAUUUCAAUUUUGACAAAAAGAAGGAUGAAAAUGAUUCUAUAAAAAGUAAUUUAAAAAAGUAUAACUUGAAGCAACUCCAAGAAAAGGACAAAAAGUUUUUUGAAAUAUAUGGAUUAGGGUUUAAAAUUUUAAGGAAAAUGGGUUAUCAGGAUGGCAUUGGGAACAAAAUAAAGACGAACAUUGCUCCUAUAGAACUUCAAAAAAAGCAUGUAACCUUUUUAGAAGAGAAGCCACAAGAAAAUUCGAAUGAUUCCAGUUCUGAUAUUGACCUAUACACACAGGAAAGUUAUAUUGACAUUUUUAAUGAACAAUUGUAUAAUAAAAACUUGUGGAAAAAAAAGCAUAAGUAUAACAAGUUCUGGAGCUUUAAGAAGACAAAAAAUUGGGUUAAGACACAGUUAAAAUACAACGCCUAUAUUAAUUCAAAUUUUCAAUUACACCGUGAUGGACAUGAAUCCGAUGACGAACAAGCUAGUAAUUUACUAAACGCGCAAAACAUCCUCAUUGAUUAUAUUAAAAAUAUCAUGUUCCAAUAUUGCGAUGUUGUAAAAAAGCAACAGGAGGUUGAAACUAAAUUAAGGAAUUAUCAAAGUUCUCGUUUCCAGAGCGAUAUUUACAAAAUGCACGUUUUAAUUUUAAAAAACGUCCUAACGUUUAAGUACUUGCUAAAUUUUCACACCACGCUGGCCUACCCCUCUCUCUUUAACAAUGCAACGUUUAAUGAAUACCUUUUUAAGGUUAAACGUGAUGACCUUCAAAUAGAGGAAGCUAAUAGUGGUAACAGAGCAGAUGAUUUUGCUCAUCAUCAUCCUGAGCAUUAUGCCGAUGGGGAUGCACACCUAGGUGGUAAUGAGUCCCUGUGUGACUCCCCCAAAGGGGGAAGAAUCACGAAAUUGAUAAAUAUCCAACCCAGUCAUUUAACUAACCCAUUUAGUGAAGAGGAGGCAGACAAAGGGGGAAUCAAAGCAUAUUCCGACCUCAACUCUGGUAACCCCCUCACCUUUGAAGAAAAGCUAAAUAAUUUAUUAAUAAGUAAUUAUAAGCUAUUAUGCCAAAACGGAUACUUCAAAAGUGCCCCAAGACGAGGCGAUGCAUCUUCACAUGACAUUGGAACAUACAAAACGAUGGAUGACUUACAACACAUAUUCGAUUUAAUAAACAUUAAAAAUAUCGAAAUUGAAAAGGGAAAGUACCCGUUGCUCUUGAGUGACCUCUACACCUCUGUGUUUUUUAUUUACGAAAACUCGCAGUUCUUUUAUCUGAACAUCCGCGUGUCGCGGUUUCUCCUGGAGUUUCUUCGCAUUUAUUUUCACAAUAACAAGGAACGAAUAAAGAAGCAGUCUCUCUGUCAUGACAAGGACGUUGAAGAAGUAAGCACGGCAAUUGGGGGAAAUUCCAAAAAAAAUUUAAAUGCGGAAAGUUCAAAAAGUUUGGAAAGUUUGGAGAACUCCCAACAUGGCGAUGCGCACAGAGAAGCAACGCAAAAUAUACCGACCGCAAAGGAUGAAGGACCUUCCCCCAGUGAACAGCCCCCACUUGACGCGAGCAGCCAAAACAACCAACCCAUGUUUAACCAAAAUGAUAUAAAAUAUAUAAUAUGCUUAAAAAAAAUUGUUCUAAUGGGAGCGGAGCAAAACAGCAUGAUGGAAUAUCGAGAAAUUGAAAAACAAUUUGACAACAUAAUAUACUACACAUAUGUGUGCCCCGCAUUGUGUAGAAAAGAUUCUGCAGAAAUUUACAAUCAUAUAAAACUUUUUAAGGACGCCAUCAAUAUAAGGUAUUAUAAAAAUAUAUUAACGCUUUUUAUUGAAAAAAGAAUAAUGUGCAACGUGGAAAACAUCGAAAAUGGCGAAAUAGAGGAGCACACUCUGCAAGACGUACAAAACAAACUAUCAAUUAUGUUUGAUAUUAAUAGACAGUUUGACAUUGGCUCCAGCUUAUCCAGAUAUUACACACAUUCUAUAUUUCCGUAUUUGCAAAAAUUUGAUCUGUCAGAAAAUUAUAUAGAACUCAUCAAAUUAGCACUUAUGGAAAAUAUGUACAAAAAGGAAAUUUUCGAAACUGUUGUAAAAAGGAUAAUUUACGAAUUAAUUGACAUAGAUUUUGUGAACGACAAUUUUGUUCAACGCCUUCGUAAAGUUAUGAUACUAAACAAGUGCGUAGACGACACAAUCGUCUUUCUCAUCUUUAAAGUUUAUUUUUUUUAUAAUUUUUCAAAGCAUGUAUGUGAUUAUCUGAGACAGCUGAACGCGUCAUAUGUACAAAAAAAUGAACCAACAAAUAGUGUGCACAAAAUGGAAGCUCCCAUCGCUUCAGAGGAAGACGCCCAAAGCGAGGAACAAAAAAAGCUAAUACUAACAAAUAAAAAAAAAGAAAUUUACGAAACAUUUAAGAAGGUGAAAGACGUUUUUGAAAAUAAUUUAAUGAAGGAUAAUUCCAUAAAAAACAUCAUGUUCAGCAUAUUAAACGUCAUAAAAACGUACCUACUGCAAGAGAAAAUUGUUACCUUCCCCGUCGAAAUGGUGCUAGACUUUGAUAAAAGUAAAAUUUGUUCAGAUGAUAAUGUAAAUUACUAUUACUUAUAUAAGGAUAUAAAAAUUCCAGUUCCUCUUUACGCUGUUCCGCAGAGAAUUAAUAAGGUAUUUGAAUUAAAUUAUAAACUCAAUGUACGAAAAAAUCACAUGAGAGAUGAAUCGAAAAGCAGCUAUGUAUUCGCGCCGAAAAAAUAUGUCCACUUGAUGAACAAAAUAGAAGAUGAUGUAAAAGAAUAUAGAAGAAACUCGCAAGAGGACGAAAAUAUGAACGUAAAGAAUUAUAUAGAAACAUAUUGCGUACAAAAUGAUAUCCUAUUUUUGCAAAAAAAUGAUCGUAAAAUAAACGGAAAUGUAGUCUAUUCGAUUAACAAUUUUUCCAUAUAUAUUAGCAACAAUAUUAUAUACCUUUAUGAAAAUCACGAAUGGAAGCCAACCCUGUUACGCGACCUAUUGGCAAAAUUUUAG